AUGAUUCAUUAUGGUCUUCAUGACGAUGAUAGUGACUUUGCAUCAAUUGCUCCUCGAAUUGGAAAAUAUAUAAGACGUGGAUUUCGAUUGUUAUAUUCUGUGCAAUUGAAUAUCAAACGUUUCCACAUCAAUCAAUUGUACGUGAGUAGCAAAUGGCUUCCGAUAGGGAUUCAAGAAAUUGAAAAUCGCGACAGUGAAUUUUUUGCAGAGUUAUUUAAUGAUUACUCAAAUAAUACGAACGAUUAUCAAUGUCAAGAUUUGAUCUGGAGUUGCAACUGUGAUUAUUUUCGAAUUCAACAAAAGUUUCGAUUUAAGCUCUUAUUUGCUUUUGAACAGCCAAAUAUGUUCGAUUAUGUUUCGUAA